GUUGUAAAGUGAGUGGUUUUCCGGCUAAACAACACUGAUAACUACCCUGAACACAACACUGAAAAUCCACACUGAAAACAACAGUCCCCCGGUCCAUUUUUGUCCGAAAUUUUGAACCGAGAGGUUGGCUCGGGACCAGCACACCGUGGAGAAGAAGAAGAAGAAGCAGGCAGCGAACGGCGGACAUCGGCCACGGCGACGACGCAACAACAGUGACGACGACGGCGACGUGUACGUGUGUGUGUGUGAGUGUGAGUGCAGUGCAGUGUGCGUGAGUGAGUGGAGCAAGCGGGAAGAAGUAUAGGAAGGCUUUUGUUGUUGUUGCUACUGCUGCUUAUCCAGUCCAAAUGUCAGCUGUUUCACGCAACAUGUACCAUAAAAGCGGCACAGCCACAGCCAAACGCAGAAAAAGAGCUUAUCGAUCAAGCCCCGCAGGACAAGAGAAAAAGCAAAAACAAGAGGCACCCGAGCGCUGCUAACAACGUAAACAACAACAAUACCUAAAAUACACACAAAAAUAAAAAAAAGCAACAAACAAACAAAACGCAGCCCAAAACAGAGACACAGAGAGAGAGAGAAAGAGAGAGAGAAGAAAGUAAAACACAAAAAUCAGAACAAAAUUACAAAGAGAAAGAUAGCAAGCAUAGCUGCGAGAAGAAAAAGAGCGAGAAAGAGAAGGAGAAAGUGCAACUAAGUGCAUAGAAAGAGAAAGAGACAAAAGAGAGAAAGAUAACGAGAUUUGGAGGAAAAGUGGAGGUUCCAUCACCGCCAUGACAAUCAUACUCUUCCUGGUGGACACCUCGUCGUCCAUGUGCCAGAAGGCGUAUGUGAACGGGGUGCAGAAGACGUAUCUGGACAUUGCCAAGGGCGCCGUCGAGACCUUCCUCAAGUACCGGCAACGCACCCAGGACUGCCUGGGCGAUCGCUACAUGCUGCUGACCUUCGAGGAGCCGCCGGCGAACGUCAAGGCCGGCUGGAAGGAGAAUCAUGCCACCUUCAUGAACGAACUGAAGAACCUGCAGAGUCAUGGCCUGACCUCCAUGGGCGAAUCACUGCGGAAUGCAUUCGAUCUGCUCAACCUCAAUCGGAUGCAGUCGGGCAUCGAUACUUAUGGCCAGGGCCGGUGUCCCUUCUACCUCGAACCCUCGGUCAUUAUUGUGAUCACCGAUGGCGGACGGUAUUCGUAUCGGAACGGUGUCCACCAGGAGAUCAUACUGCCGCUGAGUAACCAAAUACCAGGCACCAAAUUCACCAAGGAGCCCUUCCGCUGGGAUCAGCGCCUGUUCUCAUUAGUUCUCCGGAUGCCGGGCAAUAAGAUCGACGAACGGGUGGAGGGCAAGGUGCCGCACGAUGAUUCCCCCAUCGAACGGAUGUGCGAGGUGACGGGCGGACGGUCGUAUCGCGUCCGGAGUCACUACGUCCUCAACCAGUGCAUCGAGAGUCUGGUGCAGAAGGUGCAACCGGGUGUGGUGCUGCAAUUUGAACCCCUGCUGCCCAAGGACUCGUCCUCCAAUGCCAAUUCCGUUGGGAACUCGGGAGCGGGCUCCGGUUCGGGUUCUGGUUCUGGCUCUGGCGGCAGCGGUGGCAGUGGUGGUAGUGGUGAUCCUGCCCCAGACAUUGUCUUCCAGCCGGUGAAGAAGAUGAUCUACGUACAGAAGCACAUCACCCAGAAGACCUUUCCCAUCGGCUACUGGCCCCUGCCGGAGCCCUACUGGCCGGACUCGAAGGCCAUCACCCUGCCGCCCCGCGACGCCCAUCCCAAGCUGAAGAUCCUAACGCCCGCCGUCGAUGAGCCGCAGCUGGUGAGGAGCUUUCCGGUGGAUAAGUACGAGAUCGAAGGAUGUCCACUGACACUGCAGAUCCUGAACAAGCGGGAGAUGAACAAGUGCUGGCAGGUGAUAGUGACGAAUGGUAUGCACGGAUUUGAGCUUCCGUUUGGGUACCUGAAGGCGGCGCCCAACUUCAGCCAGGUGCACCUGUACGUGCUGGCCUACAACUAUCCGGCUCUGCUGCCCCUCCUCCACGAUCUGAUACACAAGUACAACAUGAGUCCACCCAACGAUCUCAUGUACAAGUUCAACGCCUAUGUCCGCUCCAUACCCCCCUAUUACUGUCCCUUUCUGCGCAAGGCCCUCGUUAACAUCAAUGUGCCUUACCAGCUGCUGCAGUUCCUCCUUCCGGAGAACGUCGACAACUAUCUGUCGCCGACGAUAGCCAAUCAGUUGAAGCACAUCAAGAACACCGCCAAGCAGGAUCAGGAGAAUCUAUGUUUGAAGGUCUAUAAGCAGCUGAAGCAACCGAAGCCACCAUAUCGCCAGGUGGAGACGGCCAAACUGUGUACGGGUACGGCUCUGAGGAGGGAUCUGGUGAGGCAUCCCUUGCUGAGGGACACCUUUGCCAAGUUGCAUGCGGAGAUCGAGCCGGUGGAGAACUAUACCAUUGUGGUGCCUCAGCUGACGCACCAAGCGUCGGCCAAGACGUACAGGAAUCCCUUCGAUAUACCGCGACGGGAUCUUGUGGAGGAGAUCGCUAGGAUGCGCGAGACCUUCCUGCGACCCGCCUCGCUGGUGGCCAAGGACUCGGGCCACUGCCUGCCCAUCGCCGAGAUGGGCAACUACCAGGAGUACCUCAAGAACAAGGACAAUCCGCUGCGCGAGAUUGAGCCGACGAACGUGCGCCAGCACAUGUUCGGCAAUCCCUACAAGAAGGACAAGCACAUGGUGAUGGUGGACGAGGCGGAUCUCAGUGAUGUGGCGCCGAUGAAGUCGCCCAAUGGCAACGGACCCGGCGGUGCUCCGCCCGGUUCGCCCUCCGGCUCCGGGUCACCGUCGGGACCGGGUCCCUCGUCGCCGGGUCCACCGGGCUCGGGACCAGGACCCGGGCCCGGAAUGCCCGGCGGGAUGGUUGGUGGCGGCGGAGGCGGUAUGAGCGGACUGAUGAUGGGUGGUGGCGGCGGCAAUCCGAGCAAGAAACUGGACGGCACUGGCCGCGGACGGAAGCGCAAAGCGGGACCACUGCCACGAGGAUUUGAGUUUCGUCGCCUGUCGACGGACUCGCGAAGUUCCUGCUCCAGUUCCAUAUCGUCGGCGUCGAGCGGUGACCUGGGAUCCCCGGGCUCUGGGCUGGGUAGUGACUCCUCGGGUGCCGGACUGGCCGGCGAUAGCUCCUCCAAUUCCAUGGCCUUUGACGAGGACAGCAACAGCAGCUUUGCGAGCUCCAGCUCGGAGGCUUCCACUGAUUCCGGCAUGUCGCUAGACCGCCACUCGGACCGCCUCGGCUUCGACUUCAGCGAGGAGGAGGCCAGCGACCAGGACACGCCCCUCAACGGCUACGUGCACAACUUCAUCAACGGCAUCAACGACGAUCCGAUGGUCGGAUCGGCCGAAACGGAAGCCGGUUCCGCUGCGGGAGCAGCUGCCGGACCGCCCGGUUCCGCCGCCUCGGGAUCGACUGCCGCCGCCGUCGCCGCCGCCACCGCCACAACCACCGAGGCCUCGUCGAUAAUCACGGCCUCAGUGGCCACUGCGUCCAUAACCGCCACACCCGCCGCAAUCCUGCCCAGCAUCAGCAGCAGCAGCAGCAGCAAUGGCGGCGAUUCGUGCCCGCCCAGUGUCGCCUCUAACGCCACAGCCCAUCCCGGGCCCAGCUCAUCGGGCGUGCUGUAUGUGCCGCAGAACGGCCUGACGACACACGCCGCCUACAGCAGCAACCUCAGCUCGCCGCUGGACAACCUGACCUCCAUGGGAUCGACGGGAGGCACUGGCCUGGGACUGGCAACCCUGGCGGCCCUGAGUGGGAACAGUAAGCCCGGUACCCUGUCGCUAGCGAACGGAUUCGGACAUGGACACACAUCAGUGAUAUCGCCGCCAUCGCCUCUGGCAACAGUGCCUCCGAAUCCCCUGGGCCUGGGCACCAGCAACUCCAUCUCCAGCUCCGGAGCGACUGGCAGCAACUCAUCCUCAUCAUCAUCAUCGUCGUCGGCGACGACAACGACGGGGGGAUCGGCCAGUUCCUCCUCCUCCUCCGCCUACUUCAGCCACAACGACAUCAACGACGCCUCGGAGAUCUCCCGGAUACUGCAGACCUGCCACAACGGCACCAGCGGCAGUAGCGGGAGCAGCUCCUCCGGCGCCUCCAGCGGCAGUAGCAGCACCAGCAGCAGUAGCCUGAACGGCAAUGGAAACGGAGAUUCGGGCAGUGGAGGUGCCGAUGGCGAUCAUUUGGGAUUUGGAACGGGGAACAGUUUCGAUGCCCUGAAGAGAGCUGCCGGAACGGGGACGAGUGCCGGCAAUCCGCACUACUACUGGGCCAGUGGACUGAAUCAUCACCAGAAUCACUCACCCAGUGGAGGAGGCAGUGGCGGUGGAGGAACGGCGGGGAACUCAACAGCAGGAGCCGGAGGAGGAGCUGGAGGAGCGACAGCAGCCACCAGCAAUAAUCACCGGAGCAGUCCCAGCAAAAUCCCAGCCGAUAUCAAGGCCAGUUCCAGCUGCUCAUCCUCGCCGACGCACAACAAUAAUGGCGACCUAAGUGCCCCAGUGACGAAUCCGCUCAUCCUGACCGACGAACAGCGCGAUGCUGCCCGGAAGCACAAUAUCGAUCUGCGGCUGCAGAUCUUCCGGGAUAUACGACGGCCUGGCCGGGAUUACAGUCAGCUGCUGGAGCAUCUGAAUCUGAUUAAGGGGGAUCAUGAGAUGCAGUCGGAUUUCGUGGAUAAGUGCAUUGUGGAGUCGUUGCGCUUCCGACGGCAUCGGAUGGUGUCCUGCAUACAGGAGUGGUGGGAUCGGAAACAGCAGCUGGCAAGUUAGCGAUGGCUACUACUCUUUGGCAAGCACCACUGAGUCCUGGCCAGGAGCGGGAGCCGGCUCAUCCAACAAUCCAUCUGUCUGUGAUGUCAUCGAAAUCGUAAAUCGUAAAUCGUAUAUCGAGAAUCGAUAAUCGAUAAUCGAAAGUGAAAACAAAACAUUGUAUAAGAGAAUGCGGAUAAGCGGAUAAUCGGUUAACUGGAUAAUCGGAUAGCCGGAUAAUCGGAUAGCCGGAUAAUCGGUUAACUGGAUAAUCGGAUAAUCGGAAUAGGAAGGAGUUCUCGUCAAUUUCCAAAAUAAAUUGUAUAUAAUAUCAAGCAGAACAGGAACAUGAACAGGAACUGGAACAGGAUCAUCCCGGGAUAUAGUAAUCACAUCCUAUAUCCUCACAUCAACCAAAACCAAGAAUAUAACACCACAACAACAAAAACAAAAAAACAAAACAACAAAAAACAAAAAAUGGGGGCAAUUUCUUAGCAACUUUAGGUGGUUAGAGAAAGAGAAAGAGAGAGAGAGAGAGAGUGUAUAAGAGUGCGAUGGGGAGAUCGCUGAAAGGAAUAAAAAGGAUGAAUAAGGAUGUAGAAGGAUGUGUAAGGAUGUGUAAGGAGUGUAGGGACGAGGAAUCCAAAUCAGGAUAGGUUCAACUCGCCAGAAAAACAGAUAUAUAUGUAAUUAUAUUAUCUAUGAUAUAUAUUUUAUAUAAGUAUAAACUAAUUUAGUUUACUAAUGUCGAAAGGAUAAAAAAAACAAAAAACAAAAGAAAAGAAACCAACACACACACACACACCCUCACAUACACACACAUACAGAUUUUUGUAGAAGCCGUUUCAGUUUUUGAUUUUUAAGAUUAUUUUCUCUUCUCCUUAACAUAAUUUUUUUUUUUUUUGUAAUAUUUUUCUUAAACAAUUAUUAAAAAAAAUAUAUAUAUUAUUAUUAUUAUUAUUUGCUCGUGUGCGCUUAAGACCAUUUAAUUAUUGUAAUUUAGAAUUUAAAAAAAAUAUAUCGAUUUAAGUGUAUAGUGUACCACAAAAACAACAACAACAAACAGAAACAAAAUAAUUACAAAAAAAAAAAUACAAAAUUUAGGAGAAAAGCUUAAGCUUCUUGAGCCACGUUUUAGCCAAUUUUUGUUGGACCUGUUUAAAAAAAAAAAAACCAAACAAAAAAAAACACAAAAAAUAACAAUCUUCGCUUUGAUUUUUAACAAAACGGAUAUAUACAAGAUUAAAAAAAAAAAAAGAUACAAAACAAAAAAAAAACACACAAUUAUACCUAUAUACAUAUACAGAUAUUUAUUGCCUAAAAAAAAAAGAAUCCGGUCAGCGUUUUAAUUAUCUAAGAGAUGAAAAAAUAAGAAAAUAGUCGUAUUAUUAUCAUCCAGUACUUUCGGUUUCCAAAUGCUUACACCAAUAAUUAAUUAUUUUUUUUUUCGAUUAAUUAGCUCUUAUGUUAUGUACUAUAUAUUCUUUUCGAUUAAAUAAUUUUUAAACAAAUUUUAAUGUGAGUAAAAAAAAGCUAACACCACACUUAAGCGACAAAAAAUGAGAAUGAUAAGCGAAAAAAUAAAACAAAAAAUAGGACCGUUUGUUAAACAAAAAAAAAAAAAACAAUACAAUUUCGCACUAUUUUUUUACGUGUAUGUUUGUAUGCAUGAUACGGUUUUCAAAGCAUCCUGAUGAGAGAACCCUUUAUUAGUAGCUAGGCAGUGGGCAGCGAUUUUAGGACUGCUUCGGGAUCCAUUCUAAAAAAUAUGUACAAUUUCAAAUGCGUAUCCAACAAAUUUCAUAAGACAUAACAAAAGCAAAAACAAAAACAAAACAAAAACAAACAAACGGAAACAAAACGAAAAAUCAAA